AUGCCGGUAUACUCAUCUAAUGUUGGUGUAUGGUUAAGUCAUGACUCAUUGAAUGUUGGUGUAUGGUUGAGUCAUGACUCAUCUAAUGUUGGUGUAUGGUUGAGUCAUGACUCAUCUAAUGCUGGUAUAUGGUUAAGCCAUGACUCUUCAAAUGUUGGUGUAUGGUUGAGUCAAUUCUCAUCGAAUGUUGGUGUAUGGUUGAGUCAUGACUCAUUGAAUGUUGGUAUAUGGUUACGUCAUGACUCAUCUAAUGUUGGUAUAUGGUUACGUCAUGACUCAUCUAAUGUUGAUGUAUGGUUGAGUCAUGACUCAUAUAGUGUUGGCAUAUGGUUAUGUCAUGACUCAUUGAAUGCUGGUAUAUGGUUGAGUCAUGACUCAUCUAAUGUUGGUGUAUGGUUAAGUCAUGACUCAUUGAAUGUUGGUGUAUGGUUGAGUCAUGACUCAUCUAAUGUUGGUGUAUGGUUAAGUCAUGACUCAUUGAAUGUUGGUAUAUGGUUAGGUCAUGACUCAUCUAAUGUUGAUGUAUGGUUGAGUCAUGACUCAUAUAGUGUUGGCAUAUGGUUACGUCAUGACUCAUUGAAUGUUGGUGUAUGGUUGAGUCAUGACUCAUCUAAUGUUGGUGUAUGGUUGAGUCAUGACUCAUAUAGUGUUGGCAUAUGGUUGAGUCAUGACUCAUCUAAUGUUGGUGUAUGGUUGAGUCAUGACUCAUAUAGUGUUGGCAUAUGGUUACGUCAUGACUCAUCUAAUGUUGGUGUAUGGUUGAGUCAUGCCUCAUGUAAUAUUGGUGUACAUUUGAGUCAUGGCUCAUCGAAUGGUCAUGUUGCAUGUUGCCAAAUUGCUGUUUAA